CUGGUUUUGAUAGGGCGUACACGACAUACUAUCCGCUCGUACCGUUAUCAUCAGCUCUCCUCCUUUUUUUUCAUCCCUGUUGUAGGGUAUACAAAAAAGAGUCUGGUUAUUGGUUUUCGUAUUAUUUGCUGCUUUAGUUUGAUAUUCGGCGCUCUGUGUAUUUUCUCACCAACGAUGGGGACUCCACUGAAGUGCUUCACAUGUGGAGGCGAGGGGCAUUUUUCGAGGGAAUGUCCCUCGAACGCACGUGGACAUAACACUGCAACAGGCAACGCUAAUGGGGUUGUGGCUCCUACCGCUCCGAGAUUUUGGGCACCGAGACGUGUACCGGAUGACACGGAAGAGAGGCAAUUUCUCAGGGAGAUGAUGCUGGAAACGAAACAGUUGGAUGCUUUGCGGAAGGAGCAGGAGGAUAAGAGGAGAUUCGAGGACCAGGUUCGUAUUGAGACGGCGAGACAUGCAGAAGCAACAAAGGCGGAACUUAUGGCACUCUUAGGAAAGCAGUUCCUAUCUUGUAAGGAGGAGGCUCGUAGGGAAGAAAUCAGGACUCCGGUUGGUUUUACUCCUCGGCGGAGAGAUGCGAGGUGGGAAGAAGAACUAGAUCGGGAAGUGGAGGAUCUGGAUGAUGAAAUUAGGAGAUUAAGUGCUUUGAGGGACCGAAAGCGACGCGGGAAGGCUCCAGUGUCCGAUGGCGUUCGUUUUCGCCAACCGUCGUUCGGUAUUCCAUCCGGAUCGGUGGAGAACAAUCGGUGUAGAGUCGAGUCAUCUGAUCAGGGCGAGGUACAUACAAAAACGAAGAUAGCGGCGGGCAGUGGACCUGAAGGUCUGAUACAAUUUGUUCUAGACCAACGAAAGGAGCUUUCGAGCAUGAAACCAGAAGAACUGAAGAGGAUCUGUUCGAAGGAGGGGGUACACUAUUGCACAAAGCUCCCGACAAUCGAGCGUAUCAUCACAACACGAGUGAAAUGUGCAUACGAGGGUUUUGUAUUUCUCCCCUCCACUUCUGCUCCGACUUCACCAGAUGAAGAUCUCCCAGGAAGCUGACUAGCACGGUUUUCGCGUUACAAGCUUUGGUCGAACUUGAUGGGCUCUAUGAAGAAACGUUCUGGUAUCCCGAUCAGACGUCGACAUCAUAGUUUGCGGCUGCAAUAUGAGAAGGCCUCGACGUUAUGUUUUGUGGCUCUUGCACUACUCGGUGAGAUCUCGUGGAUGGUUAAAUUCGACAGCCUACUUCAAUCAGUAGAUUGGACUGAAUGGGAUAAAGGUCCGACAGUCUA